ACGUAUGAACCAUGCAGCGUCUUGCAGCGAUGCUCCACUGGCUCCACACUCUCCGUUUUGGCGUCGCGUGACUUUACAAGGUUAAUUAACGAUGGCGAGAACAAGCACCGAUCAGUAGAAUGGAUACUAGGAUCUCGCGUAGCGAAACGUCGAUUGAAGUGCGCGAGAGCGUGGAAUGAUAGAGGAAGGGAGACAACAAGCGUGAGAGAGAUAAAGCUAUAGCAAGCGAGACGAGAGAGAGAGAGAAGGAGAGAACAGAAAGAAAGAGAGAGGGAGAGCUAGAGCGGAGUAGACUGGAAAGGCGGAAAGGAGACUUGCGAGACGCGUCCGUCACGCACCGAGUGUUUGCCUCGGCUGGUUGGAACGAAGUGCGCCAUUUCCCAGGGAGAAAAUGAGAACGACGUCCUCGUGUUCGUGAAACCAUAGGAGGAGGAUCUGGCGCAACGCUUGAGAGAGCAGGAAAUGUACGGCGCUGAGAGGGAGGAGGUGUCUGAAAGUUGGCUGCAUACAUAUGACCUGAGCAGUACUAUGAUUCCCAAUGCGAGCACAGCGAUGGAUGAUGAAGAACAUUUCUGCAAACUUAUUCUGUACAAGGAGAUUAAGGACUCCAGAGUACGAAUAUGGGACAUCAUCAUCUUGGUGCCGAACCUCUUGUUUCUUCUGUUCAUCGCAAUGCGAUUUAACAGGGCGAGGCUUAAGUUACGUGCAACGAGUAGCCCAAUAUUUUUAGCGUUUUACGGUCUGGUCAUUUGUAAUGUAAUUAUAUCAGUGGUGCGAUGCGUCGUAUCGAUGACAGUGAACGCGGCGGCGACGACGGUCGGCGGCAAGGCUGACAAGGUCCUAUGGGUCACAGUGAGAUUUUUUCUACUGUCUACUGAGAUGAGUGUAGUUAUAUUUGGUCUAGCGUUUGGUCAUUUGGAUAGUCGCUCUAGUAUUCGUAGAGUAUUACUUGCUACAUCCUUCAUAGCGCUGGCAUUCACGAUCACUCAAGGAACACUGGAGCUAGUUCUACCAGAUGAUACGUUUCAUAUUCCCAGCCGCGACUUUUACGUAUUCGGUCAUGGCGGCAUGAUGUUUUGGUUUUGUAGCAGCCUCGUUUUCACAACGAUAUAUCUCUUCAUAUUAAUACUGCCAUGGACACGGUUGCGGGACCGCCUAGCACUUCCUACACGGAAAAGUUUUUACGUUUACGCUGGAAUACUAGCAACGUUAGACCUAGUGCAAUCGAUUGGCGCAGGCUUUCUAAACUACACACAAAAUCCAGUGGGAUUAUGUAUCGUAGACUUCACUGCAGCAGUAUAUUUAACUCUUUUUACUCCUUUGGUUUAUCAUACAUUCUUGUCGGAAUUUUUCGGAGUCUCGCAACCUUCGAUAAUGUUCUCUUAUAAAGCACAAGUGGACGAUGCGAUGGACGAAGACACUGUGUCAUUACCGCAUCAACAGAGUUUUUCAUCCUUGAAAACUGACAGCGAUUACAUCUAUCAGGUCCAUACUCCUUCUAUUCACAUACCGCUAUAUGAUUCCCGUGCAUCAAAAUCCUCUAGACCAACAGCUUCUCUUUAUUCCUUAAGAUCCGCUAAAGACCUAAAAAAUAAUGACUCAAGUACUUUCGGUUCACCAGUUAAAUCGUAUCGCUCGACAUCCGGUAUUAGAAGCUUUGGUAGAGAUUCCAGCAUAGAAAAAGGCGUUUCGGAAGUGGACGAGUAUCCUUUAACCAAAUCUACCGCUAUCCAAAAAAGCGUGCCAGAUCUAAGAUUCUCCAGCCCGAUCCGAAAAGCCACUCCUGUUACGUACGAUGAUCCCAGUAGUGUCUCACAUUUACUUCUCCCGACUGACACCGCUAGUAAUUUCUUUUACAAACCAAACGCAAUUGACAGCAAUAUUAAUUUAUUUUCUCAAACGAGGAAAAGUAGCUUAGAGAGUAUAUCGCCUAAAACGAUCAUAGAUCACGUGACUGCAGCUGAGAACCUUUCAUGCGGAUAUGAUAGCUCCUCAGAAAUAUCUCAGGGUCCAGCGUUAGAAAACACUUUACAGUCCAUCUUGGAGAGUGGAACGGACGAAAUCGAAACGGUGGUUCCUCAAAAAUCUCGACUAAAGACAACUGAUACUGAUCAUUUAAUCGAAGAUGGUACUGCUAGUGCAGAUCCAAGACGUUCAACGACGCGUAUCAAUACCGAGAUUUUUAAAACUUACUCGAACGAUAUGUCUCCUGAUUUAUCCGAUUCAAACGUCACGCAACAAUUACUUUCUAGAGCGACUUCUCUUACAGCUAGCGCGCACAAAAAGAGUAAGAAUGAUUCGAAGGAAAGAGAGCCAGGUGGCUUAAGUGAUUAUUUAUUAUCCAUAACAUCACCGAAAUUUAAUCACAGUGUUUAUGACUCGACCCAGUUCGACACGAACACUACGCCAAUCAACCCGCUCUACGCGGCAUCUCUUCAAAGCCCAGAUAGUAUUACCGGUUAUAGUAUAGACAGUCAAGAAACGCCGAAUCCGCCGAAUGGUUACCAACAAUGAACCGUCGCUCAUAAUCGAUUCGGAGUGUGCUAUAAAAACUAGAACGAGCCUGCGUAUGAGUUACUUUAUGAUCAAAUUGCAGUUUCGCUAAGAGCUUUGUGUGAUCUUCUCUACACGAGAAUUUGUUACUUUUUUUUCGUAGGAAAAAGAAGCAUCUCAUGCGAGAAAAAGUUCGGGCUCGUAGUGAAAUAGCGUGCGAUUGUGAAUCGAACACGAAAGGAUUCUAGUCGCCCUUGGGUAUUUUUAGGGCCGCGUAAUAAAUUAUUACGGAGAAAAAUACGAAUGCUUUCGGUCUCCAUGUGAUAGUUGGCAUCGAUGCCCAAAUUGUGAUUGGAAACGCUGGAAGAAAUCUCGCAAAAUCCGGAAUCUCCAGUUUAGCUUUAGUUUGCUUUACUUAGGGCAAAUUCUUGAAAGAUGAUUAGUAAUAGCGUAUUAAUUCACAUUAGUUUUGUACUUAAAUAGAUCUUAAAACGUCAAAUGAAUUUUUACUGCACGUGAAAAUAGAAUUUUUUUUUGGUGGCGUUAUACAUUUAUCUCAAAGACGUAGGUCAUUCUAGGAUUCGCAUACUUCUACUUCCUCCCGACCGCAGAAAUUAAUUUAUCGCGCUUUCUUCAUCUAUUUUAACCUGUAACUGGAACGUAUGUA